UUACGUUAGCCGAUACUCGUGCGGUGCGGAACUCUCGCGAUCGCUUUUCCCGAGCGAAUUUCUGUGGCGCGCGGUGGCCGCCCCGGAGCCGACUCAUUUGAUCGUCUUCGCCUCCUGGCGUCCGUGAUUGCCUCGAAUGUGUGGGGAAAGCGAGCCGCGUCUGCGGUGAUCAUUCGCGCGCCCCGUGUCGCAGUGUGCCAAGGCGAGAGAAGAGGAGAGAAAGAUGGUGCCAGCGGGCCUCGAGAGCGAUAUCGUUGCUGCGAGCUAGCGCCGUGCGCGCAGCCAGUCCGCCACACUCGAGUGUUUGACGAGUCGUGUGCGACCGACUAAACCGAAUAUAACGUGAGAAUUCGUUUGGUGGUGUGUGCAUUUAGUCUGAGUGGUGAUCCUCAGAAUUGCGAUACUGAUAGUCUUGUUAACUUCUCGGCCUGUCCCGUCCUCACGCGAGUGGCCCGUGCGCCCAUCGAAAAAUUUACUGUGUGUGUGGGCUUUAGCGCGGGGUUCGACGUACCCCCGACGAUGCCCAAUGGUUGAUCGUGUACCGAAGCGUGCUCGGGGACGCUCCACGCGCCGCGGUUUUCAUUGUUAUUGUCAUGCCUGCGAAUAUGCUAAAAGCUUGGUGAAUUUUCGCGGCUUCACUGAGGAGGAGGAAGCAGCAAUAGCAGCAGUAACAGCAUCAGCACCAGCGGUCUUCUAGUGGCGUAGUGCAGCGUUUCGUCCGUGUGUGUACCCGUGUAUACGUGCCUGCGUGCGUGCCUGCCUGCGUGCGUGCGUGCGUGCGGUCGUCCCGACUUGCUGCCGCCGCCGCCGCUUACUUGCUACCGGGAGUAAACAGUCUGAAAGAAGAAAUAAUUAACCCUGAAAAGAAACCAUGGCCGACCACCUGGUGGAUGGCCCGCCGAAUAAGCGGCCGAAACUUGGAGAUCCUUUUCAGGGGACCUCGGAUUCCGCGGUGGGUAUGGCGCCUCUAAUGAUGCACCAUGCUUAUACAAACUACGGGGGAGGUGGCAGUGGUAACAUGCAACAAAUGCAGGGCCCGCCACAACAGCUACAUCUGCAACAGCAUCAGCUGCAGCCACAUUGGAACAACCAUACCAUCCAGAAAAGAAAUUAUAUAACAAACACAGAUAUGUUUGAUCUUGAAAAUGAUCUACCUGAUGAUCUAUUAUCAUCGGGAUCUUGGGGUUCUGCAACUGAAAGUGCUAAACCACCAGCAACAGGCCCAGGUCCAGGGCAGCAAAAUGGUGCCCUUGACUCAGAACUUAGACAGCAUGUACAGCAACAACAACUUUCACAUCAUCUCAUCCAACAACAAGGCAACAAAAAUUUGGUUGCUAAUUCUUUGGUAAUGGCUGCUGGAACUUUGGGUAAUAAAAGUCCAAAUAUGCAAUCUCCACCAAAUGUUUCUGUCUCUAAAGUAGUUGAUCCACAAAUGGUCGUGAGUUUGGGAAAUUUACCAAGUAGUAUAGCCAGUUCCUUGGCAAAUAAUCAAAUGUCCAUUGCAAAUUCAAUGGGGGGCCUUCAAUCGUCAAUGAGCAUGGCUGGAAGUAAUCCUACCAUGUCAAUGCCAGGUGGAUUGAAUUCUGCUCUAGUUAUGACCAGCAGUGCUAGUGGAAAUAAUACCAUGGGUGGAAUGGCAGGAGGAAGUUUAAUUGUAACCAACAGUUUGAACAAACAACCUUUAAACACUGUAACUAUGAUGGGCCCUAAUACUCAAGGAAUUCAUCAUCCCAGUGGACCACAUGGUGUUGCUCAAAUGCAAAAUGGACCUGGAAUAAUGAAUACUAGAGCUGUAGCAAUGCAACAACAACAACAGGCUCAUAUGGUUGGUCCAGCAAGGGGUCAAAGUCCACACCAACAAGUACAUCAAGUUGGUAUUGUUGGUCCUGGUCAAGGAGGUCCAAGAAUUCAGCCCCCUCCAAAUAUGACAAAUAUGCCAAAUAUGAGCCAGAUUGGUGCAUCAAGUCCUUAUGGUUAUGGAUCUCCAGCCAGUGGUCAAGGGCCUGGAGUUACCGUAUGUACUAACAGUCCUGUCGGAGUUGUUGCACCACAACAGAAAGGAGUGGGAACAAAUAUGACUGCCAUGCAAGGUGGUAGAUUUGGAGGAACUCCAGGUCCCAUUGGUUCCACAAAUGUUGUAGGUGGUCAAGAAGGUGGUAUGGCACAACAAGCUCAACCACCUGCUCCAAGCCCAGCUCAACCUCAGUCUGGUGCACCAAGUGGAGGUCAACCUGGUCCACAACAAGCUACUCAGGGUCAAAUGCCCGUUACUCCCGGUGCUCCAACUGGUGCUACAAAGUCAAAUGCUGAUCCAGAAAAACGAAAACUUAUUCAGCAACAAUUAGUUCUCCUCCUACAUGCGCAUAAGUGUCAAAGACGUGAAAGUCAAGCAAACGGUGAUGUCUGGCAAUGUUCGUUGCCAGAUUGUAAAACUAUGAAGAAUGUGUUGACUCAUAUGACUGCUUGUCAAGCAGGGAAAAACUGUACGGUGCCACACUGUAGCUCUUCAAGACAAAUUAUUAGUCAUUGGAAACAUUGCAACCGUAAUGAUUGUCCUGUGUGUUUACCAUUGAAGCAAGCAAACAAGAAUAAAACAACAAAUGCUGCUGCAGCAUCUACAACACAGCCAAAUAGUCAACCAAAUCCCAGUCAAACCGAGAUGAGAAGAGCGUACGAUGCGUUGGGUAUUCCAUGUCCUACUACAACAGCAGGUUUGGUAGCCGGUCAGUGUGUUACUAGAAGAAUGCCAGCGCCAGGUAUGCAGGGAACACCCGGUGCGAUAGGAAAUGUCAGACUAGCUCAACCUCAAACUCAGACUGCACCGGGUCAAUCCGGGCAGCAAGUUGUUGCCCCAAAUGUGUCUCUUCCUUUAAAUCCAGAUCCUAACACAGUCGGAGUUGCUGGUAACCAAACGGCGUCUACUAGUGGUCCUACGCCUGCUGCUGCAGCGACUGCCGCAAACAUACAACAGUCUGUUAAUAUGCAGCAAUUAUUUGGUUUAAAUGAUUCAGGACAACUUAGUGUUCCAAGUGAAAAUAGACUAGCUAAUCUUCAACUUCCAGCUGGACUUCAACCAGGUCAAGUAACAGCGGCAUCGGUACAGGAAUCAAAGGAUUGGCAUCAAACUGUAACACCAGAUCUUAGAAAUCAUCUUGUUCAUAAAUUGGUACAAGCAAUAUUUCCAACCCCUGAUCCGCAGGCAAUGCUCGAUAAAAGAAUGCACAAUCUCGUUGCUUAUGCAAGAAAAGUUGAAGGUGACAUGUAUGAAAUGGCCAAUUCCAGAUCAGAAUAUUAUCAUUUGCUGGCCGAAAAAAUAUAUAAAAUCCAAAAAGAAUUGGAGGAAAAACGACAAAGGCGGAAAGAACAACAACAGCAACAAUUACAAGCCCAACAACAACAACAACAACAACCUCAACCUUCAGGAACAGCAGGACCGAGUUUAAGGCCAUGUGCGCCACCAGGUGUCGGUGCAGUUCAAUCAUCACGACCAGUUGGAACAGUUGCGCCUAGUUUACGUAGUCAUUCUCCGAUGGGACAACUUGGAACUUUACCUGCAAUGGGUAUUCCGCACAAUAGAAUGCAGUUUCCUCAACAACAACAAACGCAACAACAACAACAAGUACAGGUUCAGGCCCAGACUAAUGUCCAGGCUCAGGCCCAAGCCCAAGCUCAGGCUCAAGUUCAAGUUCAACAACAAAUGCAGCAGCAACAACAACAGCAACAACAGCAAGGAAUUUUAGUUGGUCCACCUGGUCCUAGUCCAAAUGGACAGUCAACAUCUAAUCCCAAUGUCGUUCCAAAUCCUGGUCUCAGUCCUUUUGGACAACCACAAAUGUCACAAGCAAGUUUAACGACUACUACGUCUGCCACAACUAGUCAAUUCCCAACCUCAAAUGGUACUACCGGCUUACCUAACAGUUCUCCUGUACAAAAUCAACCUCAGUUUCCCGAUCUUAUGAAAGUUAGAUUGGCUCAAGCACAAGCAGCAAUUGCACAUCAACAUCAGCAGCAACAACAGCAGCAGCAGCCAUCACAACCUCAACCUCAACAACAACCGAGUCAAUCGCAACCACAACAACCAACAAGUACUUCGAAUCAAAGUGCUACAACGACCUCAAUGCCGCAAGCGCCCUCACCAUUUAGCGGUAUGCAACAACAAAGCAAUCAGCAACAAAAUCAAUUUAAUAAUAGUCGGCCUCUAUCGGUUUCAACACCUAACGAUAAUGGCAUCAGUACAUCAACCCCGCAAACGAUACCACCUCCUGCUUCUAGCGGGCCUAGUCCUGGCUCGGCAACAACGACGAAUGGACCUCAGUCUACAACUUCCACACCUAAUACACCAUUAGUUCCUUCAUUAAUGACUCCAAAUCAGACAGUUUCUUCCGCUAAUCAAACACCGCCUCAUCCUGCUACUACACCAUCUCCUGCCGGGCUAGCUAGUCUUGGAAAGGGCAUGACAUCUCAGGAAAGGGCUGCAUUAAACGCACCGAGAACUUCUUCGAUGUCUUCGCAAAUGGCUGCUAUUACAGCUGCUUUAGAUCGUGAUAAUUCUCCUAGUCCACCGAUGAAUAACAAUAAGGGAAAACUGGAUUCCAUUAAAGAAGAGAGUAUGAAAAUGGAAAUCAGAACAGAAGAUGGUUCUGAUAAUCAUAGAAUGGACGGGGGUAAGAGUGUCAACAACGACGUGUCUAUUAAAACUGAAAUCAAAACAGCACCGAUGGAAGAAGGAUCCAGUGAAAGUAUUGUAAGAGAAGAACCUACCAUCAAAGAAGAACCUGUGACGCCGAUAUCCAGCCAAGAUACACCAACGCCGGACAUUAAACCAUUAGUUCCUGAACCAAUACAACCAAGCGGAACAUCAACGGAUAAGAAACGGUUGUGUUUAUUUAAACCAGAUGAAUUGCGUCAAGCGUUAAUGCCGACAUUAGAAAAACUUUAUCGUCAAGAUCCAGAAUCUAUUCCAUUUAGACAACCUGUCGAUCCACAAGCAUUGGGAAUUCCAGAUUACUUCGAUAUCGUUAAGAAACCGAUGGAUCUUUCAACAAUCAAAAGAAAAUUAGACACAGGGCAGUACAGUGAUCCUUGGGAAUAUGUGGAUGAUGUAUGGAUGAUGUUUGACAACGCGUGGCUUUAUAAUCGUAAAACUUCACGUGUUUACAGAUAUUGUACAAAGCUUUCUGAAGUCUUCGAGCAAGAAAUAGAUCCUGUAAUGCAAGCCUUAGGAUAUUGUUGUGGAAGAAAAUAUACAUUCAAUCCACAAGUACUGUGUUGUUAUGGAAAGCAACUUUGUACGAUACCAAGAGAUGCAAAGUACUACUCCUACCAAAAUAGUAGUCUAAAGGCAUAUGGUCUUGUUUCCGACAGAUACACCUUCUGUCAGAAAUGUUUCAACGACAUUCCUGGUGACACUGUGACGUUGGGAGACGAUCCAACGCAACCACAAACUGCCAUUAAAAAGGAACAGUUCCAGGAAAUGAAGAACGAUCAUUUGGAAUUGGAGCCUUUUGUUGUAUGUACAGAUUGCGGUAGAAAGGUACAUCAAAUUUGUGUGCUUCACAUGGAAUCAAUUUGGCCAUUGGGAUUUACUUGUGAUAAUUGCUUGAAAAAGAAAGGUCAGAAACGUAAAGAGAACAAAUUUAAUGCUAAACGUUUACCAGUUACUAAAUUAGGUACCUAUAUCGAAACGCGUGUAAACAAUUUCUUAAAGAAGAAAGAAGCUGGUGCCGGGGAAGUUGCGAUUAGAGUUGUAGCAUCCAGCGAUAAAGUUGUCGAAGUGAAACCAGGAAUGAGAAGCAGAUUUGUGGAAAAUGGUGACAUGCCCGGUGAAUUUCCAUACAGAGCGAAAGCAUUGUUUGCAUUUGAAGAAGUCGAUGGCACUGAUGUAUGUUUUUUCGGCAUGCAUGUGCAAGAAUAUGGCAGUGAAUGUACACCACCUAAUACUCGAAGAGUCUAUAUUGCAUAUUUGGACUCUGUACACUUUUUCCGGCCUAGGCAGUUCCGAACAGCAGUAUAUCACGAAAUUCUUCUUGGAUAUUUGGAUUACGCAAAACAAUUAGGGUAUACAAUGGCUCAUAUAUGGGCCUGUCCUCCGUCUGAAGGUGAUGAUUACAUCUUUCACUGCCAUCCCCAAGAACAAAAGAUUCCAAAACCCAAAAGGUUGCAAGAGUGGUAUAAGAAAAUGUUGGACAAAGGCAUGGUUGAAAGAAUCGUACUCGAUUAUAAAGAUAUUUUAAAACAAGCGAUGGAAGAUAAACUUUCAUCAGCAGCUGAUUUGCCAUAUUUCGAAGGUGAUUUUUGGCCCAAUGUUUUAGAAGAAAGUAUUAAAGAGUUAGAUCAAGAAGAAGAAGAAAAACGUAAGCAAGCUGAAGCUGCAGAGGCUGCUGCGGCUAAUGCGAUUUUCUCUCUGUCCGAAGAUUCUGAAACAGGUCCAGACGGCAAAAAGAAAGGACAAAAGAAAGCUAAAAAGUCGAAUAAAUCUAAAGCAAAUCAAAGGAAGAAUAGUAAAAAAUCCAAUACUCCUCAAACAGGAAAUGAUCUCUCUGCUAAAAUUUUUGCAACUAUGGAAAAACAUAAAGAAGUAUUCUUUGUUAUUAGGUUGCAUAGCGCUCAAAGUGCAGCCAGUUUAGCACCUAUUCAAGAUCCCGACCCAGUUAUUAAUUGUGAUCUUAUGGAUGGUCGCGACGCUUUCCUUACUAUGGCUAGAGAAAAACAUUACGAAUUCUCUUCUUUAAGGCGCGCGAAAUUUAGUUCAAUGUCUAUGCUAUAUGAAUUGCACAACCAAGGUCAAGACAAGUUUGUUUAUACUUGUAAUAACUGUAAGAGUCAUGUAGAAACAAGAUAUCAUUGCACGGUUUGUGAUGACUUUGAUCUGUGUAUAAGCUGUAAAGAAAAAGAUGGUCAUCCUCAUCAUAUGGAGAAACUUGGUUUAGAUUUGGAUGACGGUUCAUCGCCGGCCGAUGCCAAACAAGCUAAUCCACAGGAGGCGCGUAAACUUUCAAUACAAAGAUGUAUUCAAUCGUUGGUGCACGCGUGUCAGUGCAGAGAUGCUAACUGUCGUCUAACAAGUUGUCAGAAGAUGAAGAGAGUAGUAACACAUACUAAAGUUUGUAAACGAAAAACAAAUGGUGGUUGUCCAAUAUGUAAACAAUUGAUAGCGCUGUGUUGUUACCAUGCUAAACACUGCCAAGAGACUAAAUGUCUUGUUCCAUUCUGUUCGAACAUCAAGCAUAAGCUGAAGCAACAACAGCUUCAACAACGGUUACAACAAGCGCAGUUGUUAAGGAGACGAAUGGCUGUGAUGAAUACCAGACCCACAGGUCCAGUGGGAGCUAUGCAAUCUGGGCAACAGAGUUCGAAUGUUACUAUGACCACUGGAGUUGCUAUGAAACCAGGAGUUAGUCCUACCAAUUUACCUUCACCGCAUCAACCUGGAAUUGGAUUGAAACCUGGUACUCAAACACCACCUGCUCACGUUCUGCAAGUUGUGAAACAAGUACAAGAAGAAGCUGCAAGACAACAAGUGCCACACGGUUACGGAAAGGUAACGCCAGGUGGUGGAGUCGGUGUUGGAGUUGGCGUAGGAGGUCAAACAGGUGGUGUAAUGCCACCACCUCAAAUGCAGCGGCCAAUGCCCGUUCAAAUGCCAAAUCCCGGUGGUACCCAUCUUAUUCCAAUGGAUCAAUGGACAGCAAGUAGGUAUCAGCCGAAUGCUGUGAUGCAACAGAAUCCUGGUUUGAGACAACAAACGCCGCAGCAGUUAAUGCAACAGCAACAACAACACCAGGGACAACCAGGAAUAGCAAUGGCAGGACAGAUACCCAGACAAGCAGUUCUCGGUGGUCCAGUUAGUCAAGUUGGACCACAAACUCAAAGCAACAUGCACAAGCACAUAUUGCAGCAACUUAUGCAAACUCUUAAGAAUCCCCAUACCCCUGAACAACAAAGCCAAAUACUUCAAAUACUCAAAAGCAAUCCACCGAUUAUGGCUGCCUUUAUUAAACAACGGGCGCUUGCUCUUCAGCAACAAAGUGGUCAAUACGGCGGAGGAGUCGGCGGUCCUUUGGGCCCUAAUCAGCCGCAGCAACAACCUGGUUUGCAGCAUAUGAUGUCUCAGCAGCAGCAGCAGCAGCAGCAACAGCACCAACAGCAGCAGCAGCAACAGCAUCAACAACAGCAACAACAACAAGGCAGAAUGCAAAUACAGGCAAUGCUGAACCAGCAGCAGCAGCAGCAGCAGCAACAGCAGCAGCAGCAGCAGCAGCAGCAGCAGCAACCUGUUCAGCAGCAAUCACAAUGGUAUAAACAGCAAAUGCUGGUAAUGCAGAGGCAGCAGGCUCAACAGCAGCAGCAGCAACAACAACAGCAGCAGCAGCAACAGCAACAGCAGCAACAGUUUACACAACCUCCAGCUCCGCCUUAUGGUCAACAGCGACCCAUAAGGCCAGCGGCCCUUCUCGGUAAGAAUUACUUAAUUCUGGAGAAAACGAGAUUCGUCGAGCCGAUUGGUUCGUGGUCUAACGCUUGCCACGAUUCCGCGUAUUCUUCCCCAGGUUAUAGUGGCUUUAGCGAACAAGGAUACGGUCAACCCGGCUUAAAACCAACACCACCCCCGGUACCUUCUCCGCAAGGUGUAAUGGGACCUCCAGGGAUCUCUGUACAGCAACAGUUAAUGCAGUCCGUUCGAUCUCCACCGCCAAUUCGUUCUCCUCAACCAAACCCUUCUCCACGACCGGUUCCAUCUCCGCGUAAUCAGCCAGUUCCUUCUCCUCGAUCAGGGCCGGUGCCAUCACCUCAUCAUCAUCCACCUCAUGGUACACCAACGCAUUCACCGGCUCAUGAACUCGGCGGUUCAAGCGAAAUGAUGCUUUCGCAGCUGAGUGGUGGAACAGGUGCACCGACCGGUCACCCGGGUACCAUGCCUCAUCACCCAUCUCCAGCGCCACCGCCCACUAGUGGCACAGACUCGAGUGAAGUGACGCCUAUGACGCCACAAGACCAACUUUCGAAAUUUGUCGAAGGAUUGUAGUGACUGUUAGUGAAGUUGGUCAAUACGAGUGACUACGUUAGUGGGCGAACGAUGAUCUCGCAUCGUAUGUCAACCGUUUAGAAGAACGGUCGCUGUUCCAUCUCUCUAUCAUGAGAACAGAGAGAGCGCGAGAGAGAGAGAGAGAGAGAGAGAAAGAAAGAGAGAGAGAGCGGGAGAGAGAGUAACUUCCAUCCGUUCUGCGUUCCUAGCUUCGUGGAGAUCAGGUACAACUACUUACGUCCGGUACGCUGACCAAGUGCUGAUGUUCAGAGACGAGUCAGAGUACCACUGGUGCGACCAAAUUAAUCCGGAUGACGCGUGUUUCCUCUUUCUAUCUCCGAGUUAAGGUGCAGGAGCGAUAUAGCGUGAUGUGGUGCUGCUUAGAUGCUCCGCGAAGAUACUACAGCUGGCUCAAUGAACACUUGAACUUACGUUAUUGUAUUCUCGUACCUCAACCUCGGCUCCACAAUUGAGAACCGGUGGAACGACGAGAAACAAUUAUUUGAAACUAUACACACAGGAAAUCAAGAGAGACUAUUAAUACGUUCUCCCCGUAAACACACAUACAUAUACAAAAGAAACACACACACUAUGUCCCUGCCCUAUCUUUUACUCCCCUUACACACGACCUUUUCAUCUAUACCACCUUCCCUCGCUGCUGCUCGUGCAGGCUGAGUGAAAUCGUACAAAUGUGUUGUGUAUACUUAACGUUAAUUAAUAAUUAAUAGUUCAAAUAUUAUUAGCGUAGCGAUUAUAUGCAGUUAUUAUAUACCACUAUUAUUAUUAUCGUGACGAGAUGCAAAGUAUAUAACAAGAAAAAAUGGACUGUAUGAAACGGAAAGAUAUUGAAAAAGAAACCAACAACAUUGUAUGUAAGGAAGGGAGAACAGAAUUUAGUGGAAAGUUAAGUAAUGUUAACUUAGGCUAAUUUGUUAUUAAGAGAUCGCUACGGUUGCCGAAGGUUGUACCUUAGCGCCAUUAAAUUUUAUGGAUCAUUCUGAAAUUAAUCCUCAAAUAAUCUGCUGAAUCGUUCAAUGGGAAAGACGAUUCUUUAAUGACAGGACAGGUGAGACAACGCGGAUUAACGGUGUCGCAACCAAAAAAGUAGAAAUUCACGACAAGCUGCUAUUUGCUAGUAAGGGAGGAUUUAUAAAUCGUGUUAAUUUUGAGAAAAAAAAAAAAGUUUUUCAAACCGAGGGUCCAACAUGUACAGUUCAAUCAAAAUAUGUAGCUACGAAGCGUAACCGAAACGGACCCUCGCGUGAAAAGCGUUCUGUACAUACUAUACUAUUAUUACGAUAAUAAUAACGAUUA